GGUUGGGAAAAGGAAUACUUUGUUCAGACCUCUGAGGGGAAAGUCACACCCUGGCUGACUUUCCUGGGGUACCAGCCUAGAGAAGGCCAAUGGGUCAGAGCCCCCACAAAGCUCCAGGCUGGUACCCGAGGGCCUACCGAGUAAAAGGGAUGCAAAAUCAUCAGUGUUUGAUCUGCACUGCUUCAGGAAAAAAAAAAAGCUCUUUUCUGAUUAAAAACACCGCAUGGCACAGGGAAGAAGGAAGAAGCACAAGGCCCUUUGCCCAGCGGGUGGCAUGGGCACUUGGCCAGGGCAGCAGAGUUGCUGAUGGUUUUCCCACGUCGGCAGGGAAGGGAAACCAGCAGGGUUUCUCCUUCCCCUCCACCUCCCUCUUCCCGACCUUUGUUUCCCAGCCAGUCCCGCUCCUGGAAAUCCCUGGGCAACCAGGCAGAAAGGAGCCUGCGGGCUCGGUGGGGAACGGCAGCCCUGGGUGAGCUCCAGGCUCCCUGUGGGGGCUGGCUGUGGGGCCGUGGGGCCUGCAGCUCACCCGCUGGCAGUGAUUUCUAAACAAGUCCCCUAUAAGCCUGACUGCUGAGACAUGCUGUCCUGAGACAUGUCUCUCCCCACCAACCCAGCUGCGUAGAGGAGGGGGGGGGGAAAGACAGACAGACAGAGCCCAAUUAAACCCUCCCCUGGCCGGCCCCUGACACUCCCUCCUGCAUUUUCCAGUCUGUGGUUACAGCACUCAAAGAGUUCCAUUAAAUCAUCAGAUUUUACAGGUUCCUAAAAAAAAAAAAAAAAAAAAAAGGGAGAGAGAGAAAAGUUUGGUCAUAGUAGGGAAUGAGUGAUCAAAGCUGAGCCAAAGCUUCCUGUUACACCGGGACUAUAUAUAUACCGUGUCUUUAAUGUUGGGGGAUGUCAGCAGGCUGCUAGGAGGCUGGAGCACUGGCUAGCUCUGCCUGAUUUCCCAGCGCACUGAGGUUUCUUCCACCAACCACAAUGAACAAGUUCCUGUGCUGCACGCUUGUGCUCUUGGACAUCUCGGUCAAGUGGAGCAUCCAGGACAUCUCUCCCCCCAAGUAUCUCCAUUACGACCCUGGUACAUCUCGUCAGGUGAUGUGUGACCAGUGCCCUCCCGGGAGCUACGUAAAGCAGCACUGUACGGCUACCAGCCCGACGGUGUGUGCCCCAUGCCCAGAUCAGUACUACGCCGAAGACUGGAACAGCAACGACGAGUGCCAGUACUGCAGUGCUGUUUGCAAAGAGCUGCAGUACAUCAAGCAGGAGUGCACGAGCACGCAGGACCGUGUCUGCGAGUGCACUGAAGGCUGGUACUUGGAGCUGGAGUUUUGCUUGAAGCACACGGAGUGCCCUCCUGGAUUUGGCGUUGCACAGCCAGGUACUCCUGAGAGUGACACUGUUUGUAAAAGAUGUCCAGAGGGAUUUUUCUCCAAUGAAACGUCAUCCAAAGCAGUCUGUCAAAAGCACACAAACUGUAGUGCUCUGGGUUUCAAAACAGCAUUAAAAGGAAAUGCAGUUCGUGACAACAUCUGUCAGGAAAAUACAGAUACGUCACCUCAAAAAUGUGGAAUAGAUGUAACCCUGUGUGAAGAGGCUAUGUUUAGGUUUGCUGUUCCUACUCAUCUCACACCCAACUGGCUGAACACCCUUGCGGACAAUUUGCCUGGGACAAAGAUCAGCACAGAAAAUAUUGAACGGAUUAAACAAAGGCACAGUUCACAAGAGCAGACCUUCCAGGUUUUGAAAUUAUGGAAGCAGCAAAACAAGGAGCAGGAUACGGCCAAAAAGAUUAUUCAAGAUAUUGAUCUUUGUGAAAAUAGUGUCUUAAAGCAUCUCGGCCAACCAAAUCUCACCUUUGAACAUCUCAACACGCUGAUGGCAAGUUUGCCAGGCAAGAAAGUGGGAAAAGAAGAUAUCGAGCGCACAAUGAAACAGUGUCAACAUGCAGAGCAAGUUCUGAAGCUUCUCAAUCUGUGGAGAAUAAAGAAUGGAGACCAGGACACCAUUAAAGGUUUAACGUAUGGACUGAAGCACUUGAAAACAUACCACUUUCCAAAAAGAAUCAUCCAAAGUCUGAAGAAAGUCAUUAAGUUUCUUCACAGAUUUCCAAUGUAUAGAUUAUACCAGAAACUCUUUUUAGAAAUAGUAGGGAAUCAACUUAAACCAGUGAAAGUAAGAUGUGUCUAAUUCAAGUUAUUUUUUAUUCUCCACUGACAAUUUUUGCCUAAUUACUGCCAGCAGUAAUUAAACUGGAACGUUGUUUCCCUACAUUAUCUCUUUCUAUUUAUAAAAAUGCCAGACUGGAAUAGCUCUAAGUCUUUUGCAGUGUUCUUGGAGGUUUUUUAUUGUGUUUUUUGUUUGUUUGCUCAGUUGGUUGGUUGUUUUUUUUUUUUGUCUGUUUGUUUUGUUUCUUAAUCACUUUUGUAAAAGCUAUUAACCCUGUUGAUAACACUAAGAGCCUGAUUCUGCAUUUUUGCACAUUCAGAGUUGAAAAGCCCCACUAUAGUCACUAGAGGAGAAAAGAAUGCUGGACCAGGCUCUAAUGCAGUAUUUGCUAUUUAUAUUCUUUGAGAUAUAAACAUUUUUGUUGUACAUAUUUAUUAAGUUAAAUGGAAAUUGUAUGAGACUGAAUUUGGGGGAGAGAAAUGAAAAGCACACUGUAUAUUUUCUAGUUAAACAGAAAUGAUCCCAUAUAUUUUUCUGGCAAAAUUUUGUAGCAUGCUCUAAAAAAAUCUUUAUUUCUUUACAUUCGGUAUUUAAAGAAGUAUUAUUGCUUAGUUUUAUUUGUAUAACUUGUGUUAUCUUUGGGUAGGGAUGUUUUAAUUUAUCCAAUGAUUUUAUCUCAAAUGUGGUGAAAAUAUAAGUGACCUGAAUAUUUAAAUAUUCUGUGAGGAAGUGAAUGUAUCAUAUUUAAGAAGCUGGAUUUUUACAUAGAGUUUCAUAAUCUUAUUUUGUAAAACAAUUAAAUUUUUCA